AGCAAAUUGAUUUUACUUUUAGUAGUUUGUUACCUACAGCUUAGAAAAUGAUGGUAUGGCUAACAUAUUCCUCAAUAUUUGGAUUAAUAUCCUUUCCAUUAAUUGCCUUGACUAUAGAUAAAUAAUUGUAUUCAAGUGAUCUAUUUGAAGUGCUAUUCAUUUUUGGAUUCUGACUUUUGUUGAUGCUGGAUUAUUAUUGACAUUGCUUUAUUUGAGAGGUCAAUUAAGUUAGAUAGAGAGAGAAAAGAAUGAAUUAACUUAAGAAGAGACAAAAAAAUCAUAAAAAAAGAAGAAGUAGCAAGAGAAUGAAAUAGAUAAGGUAGCUUAAAAGGCUAAAAAGGAUUCAUAAAAACAUAAUUAAAAAAAUUUGAAUAAAGCAAUUGGAAAAUAGAAAUAAUUUCAGCAAAGAAAAUGA